AUGGAUUCUUAUGAAGCAACAAAGAUAGUGUUCUCCAGGAUCCAAGCUUUGGAUCCAGAGAAUGCUUCCAAGAUAACGGGCUUCGUGCUCAUCCAAGAGCACGGCGAGAAGGAGAUGAUAAGGUUGGCGUUUGGCCCGGAGAGCCUUCUUCACGGUCUCAUCUACAAAGCCAAAGCUCACUUGGGACUUCCGUCAAACAGUUCAUCGACGCCCUCCACGCCCUCUUCUCCUUCCCCCUUCAACCCCCUCUCCAUCCCCAGACCCACCCCCUUGUCUCAGCACUCUCCCAGCAUCAACACCACCCCCACCAACUCCUACAACCUCCCUUCGCCGCUGGCCGUCCCGGCGAACCCCCCGUCGCCGUCUUCCGCUCAGUGGCAUCUCUCUGGGUUUUGCCCCAAUUCUGCUUCCUCGUCGCCGUCUUACGCCGCUGUGGUUAACGGAGCCAGCAACAUGUGUGGUAAUGGUAGUGGUAGUAACAACAGUAACACUGUUAAUAGUAGCAGUAGUACUAGUUCUUCAACUUCUUCGUUUGCGUAUUGCAACAACGGUGGUGCCCAAGGUGAUCUCUUCGACGAGUACAAUCUUCAAGACCAUCUAUCGUUCCUCAACGACUCAUCUUCGUCUGCGAAGAAGGUGGAUUUGCUCGACGCCCAAUGCGGCGGAAACAGUAACGUUUUGGGUGAUCGCAUGGUGCUUCCUUAUGGGAUUUCUACUACCAGCUGGGGAGAUUCCAUCAAUGGCGAGAACCAAAAUCAUCACCUUCACAGGCGAAGCCUUUCGCUGAGCGAUGCGUGCUUUGGGUCUGAGGACUCUGGUCCUGGGUUUGGGUGGAAGCCGUGCCUCUACUUUGCUCGGGGAUUUUGCAAGAACGGGAAUAGUUGUAAGUUCCUUCACGGCGGGUUUGGCGACUCUGUUGAUUCUCCGACGGCCGUGGUCGGGUCGCCGAACAAGCUGGACGGGUUCGAGCAAUGUCAAGAGAUGCUGAGAUCUAAGGCGGUGGCACAGCAGCAGAGACUGGCUGCUGCGUCUCAGCUCAUGGCUGGUGUUUCAUUUCCUUAUAACAAAUGCAUGAAUUUUCUUAUGAAUGACACCCAGAGAUCAGCAGCAGCUGCGUUGAUGAUGGUGUCGCGACAUCCCGGGAGCGCGAGGACUUACAGCGGGGGGUACCACCGGAGAGUUGAGGCUGGGAGCGGCGACGACAGCAAGGAAAGGUGA